CCGUUUAUCUGCGAGGUCAGAGAAGGCUGGCUGCGUUCAGUGGUGCUGUUGAAAAACACGAUGAAAAUGGCGUGGCAACCGCAAGAGGAAGGACUUCGACAAAUCUUGACGCUCCUCAAGGAGUCUCAGAGCCCGGAUACGGCUACGCAGCGAGCCGUUCAAGAAAAAUUGGAAGAAUUAAACAAAUUUCCUGACUUUAACAAUUACCUUAUUUUUGUUUUAACAAAACUCACAUCAGAAGAUGAACCAACAAGGUCUCUAAGUGGAUUGAUUUUGAAAAAUAACGUUAAAGCUCAUUUUUAUAAAUUUUUACCAGAGGUUACAAAUUUCAUCAAGCAAGAAUGCUUAUCAGCAGUUGGAGAUCCAUCACCUCUAAUUCGUGCAACUGUUGGUAUUUUAAUAACUACUAUUGCAUCCAAAGGUGAAUUGACUAGAUGGCCAGAAUUAUUACCUGCACUUUGUCAAAUGUUAGAUUCACAAGAUUAUAAUGUGUGUGAAGGUGCCUUUGGUGCUCUUCAAAAGAUUUGUGAAGAUUCUUCAGAAAUAUUGGACUCUGAUGCACUCAAUCGACCAUUAAAUGUUUUAAUUCCAAAGUUCCUGCAAUUUUUUAGACAUUCAAGCCCUAAAAUUAGAUCACAUGCUAUUGCCUGUGUUAAUCAGUUUAUUGUUAAUCGUACACAGGCUUUAAUGAUUCAUAUAGAUAGUUUUUUGGAGAAUCUCUUCCAUUUAGCUAAUGAUGAUGAUUCUGAUGUUAGAAAACAUGUUUGCAGAGCUUUGGUAAUGUUGCUUGAAGUACGAAUGGAUAGAUUAAUACCACAUAUGCAUAACAUAAUAGAAUAUAUGUUAAUGAGGACUCAAGAUCUUGAUGAAGGAGUUGCUUUAGAAGCCUGUGAAUUUUGGCUUUCAUUAGCUGAGCAGCCAAUUUGUAAAGAAGCACUUGCACCACAUUUACCCCGUUUAGUACCUAUAUUGGUAAGAGGCAUGAAAUAUUCGGAAAUUGAUAUAAUACUUCUAAAAGGAGAUGUAGAAGAAGAUGAAAUGAUCCCAGAUAGAGAAGAAGAUAUUAGACCAAGAUUUCCAAAAUCAAAAACACAUCAUACACAUCACGCUAAUAUGAAUAAGCACACAAACGAAAACGGAGGUUGUGAUGAAGAUGAUACAGAUGCUGAAGAUGGAUGUGAUGAUGAUUCAACGCUUAGUGAUUGGAAUUUAAGGAAAUGUUCUGCUGCUGCUUUAGAUAUGUUAGCAAACGUAUUUAGAGAAGAAUUAUUACCAGUUUUAGUACCAAUUUUAAAAGAAACACUUUUCCACCAAGAUUGGGAAAUAAAAGAAUCUGGAAUAUUAGCAUUGGGAGCUAUAGCAGAAGGUUGUAUGAGUGGAAUGAUUCCACAUUUAUCAGAAUUAAUUCCAUAUUUAAUUAGUUGCUUAAGUGAUAAAAAAGCACUAGUACGCGCUAUUACUUGCUGGACAUUAAGUCGAUACGCACAUUGGGUUUGUGCGCAACCUCAUGACACACAUUUGAAACCUUUGAUGACAGAAUUACUCAAAAGAGUACUUGAUGGCAAUAAGCGCGUUCAGGAAGCCGCAUGUUCUGCUUUUGCAACAUUAGAAGAGGAAGCAUGCACAGAAUUAGUCCCUUAUCUUGGAUUUAUUCUUGAGACACUUGUUUUUGCUUUUGGAAAAUAUCAACAUAAAAAUCUUUUAAUAUUGUACGAUGCAAUUGGUACACUUGCUGAUUCAGUAGGACAUCAUCUUAACAAACCAGAUUAUAUUAACCUUCUUAUGCCACCACUUAUUAAUAAAUGGAAUGUAUUAAAAGACGAAGAUAAAGAUCUCUUUCCAUUAUUAGAAUGUCUUUCCUCAGUUGCAACUGCUUUACGAUCUGGUUUCCUUCCUUAUUGUGAACCCGUAUAUAGACGAUGUGUAUCUCUUGUAGAGCAGACAUUAAAUCAACAUAUAGCCAAUACACAAAGCCCAGAACAAUUUGAAGCUCCUGACAAAGAUUUUAUGAUUGUUGCAUUAGACCUCCUUAGUGGUUUGGCAGAAGGCUUGGAUGGUCAUAUGGAACGUUUAGUAAUGAAUAGCAAUGUUAUGCAAUUAUUAUAUCAGUGUAUGCAAGAUGUUAUGCCUGAAGUUAGACAGAGCAGUUUUGCUUUAUUAGGAGAUCUUACAAAAGCCUGCUUCCAACAUGUUCUCCCUUGUAUACCGGAAUUUAUGCCUAUACUUGGACAAAAUUUAAAUCCUGAGUUUAUAUCUGUAUGUAAUAAUGCAACAUGGGCUAUUGGUGAAAUAGCUAUAAAACUCGGGUCUGAUACAAGUGCAUAUAUUCCACUAAUUCUGACACAACUCAUCGACAUAAUCAAUAGACCAAAUACGCCAAAAACACUGCUAGAAAAUACAGCCAUAACGAUCGGUCGCCUAGGUUAUGUGUGUCCCCACGACGUCGCCCCCAUGUUACAGCAGUUUGUCCGACAGUGGUGUACUUCUUUGAGAAGCAUAAGAGAUAAUGAGGAAAAGGAUUCAGCAUUCAGAGGUAUGUGUCAAAUGAUCACUGUAAAUCCAGCAGGAGUUGUGCAAGAUUUUAUCUUCUUUUGCGACGCUGUUGCAUCUUGGGUAACGCCUAGAGAAGAUCUUAAAGGCAUGUUCCAGAAGAUAUUACAUGGAUUUAAAAAUCAAGUUGGUGCGGAAAAUUGGAAACGAUUUUCAGAUCAAUUCCCACCACAGCUCAGUGAACGACUCCAUAAUAUGUAUGGCGUCUGAGCAGCCCCGUCUAAAUAUGAAGGCCGCUUUAAGGGGCAGGCCGAAAGGGGUUGGGCGGGAAACAGAAUAAUGGGUGGACAGGGUGGGUGGGUGAAACCACGGCCUCUUCUCAUCAACAUCGUUGUCGUUAACGUGUUAUGGUCAUCGUCAGGCUCUUGGGGGAAUUAAUAUGCGUUAUUAGAGCUACAGUCAGUAAGCGAUAUAAAUGAAAAAUCGAAAUGAGAAUGGAACAAAGAAAAUGAGAACGACAAAAAUAAAUGUCAUGGGCCGAAAUGUAACGCGUGGGUGGGCGGGUAGGGGGGGCGGGAGGGAGGGAGGGAGGAACUGUGUUGGGGUCACCGACCACUUUACAGUAAAGGUAUCGUAACUUUGACGCUAAAUCGCAUUGCAAAAAAACAGAAAUGAUACCUUAACGUAGUGAAAACCUACACGCUGUACACUCCGUUUCCAUUAGCGCUGUAUAACACUAUUCAGUGUUUAAUUCUCGCGUAUUGAAACGAGACAAGAAGUGCUGGUAAAUAACUAGCCCAGCUCUUAAACGAAAUCGACUUCUCAUAUGUGCGAAUGGCAAAGAAUAAACAAUGGAAAAAAGGAGAAGUAAUAACCGAAAUAAAUUUAAAAAAAAA